UAGGAUGUUUUGGUUAAAUUUCAUUUUCUCAUCCUUCCUCCCGCGGUCAGUACUAAUAUUCGUUCCCUAGUGUGCACUGCCUCCGUGACGCCGCCCGCCGGACAUUUUUUUUCCCUCGAACCGCUGCCUUGCCUCCGCCCCCGCCGUCCAUACAUUCAAGUAACUUCUUCAUUUAUCAAAAGUUUUCUCUUCCCCCUUCUAAAGUGGGGGAUUCUCACCGACAAUAUUUGUUGGAGUAAUCAGCAGAAGGUUCAAGUAGGUGAUUGGAAACUAUCAGGGAGGGAUCGGAAGUAAUGGCAAGCGCACCUGCUCAAAUUCCUACCAGCUUCGGGCAUGAGCUCAGAGCUUGUCUUCGUUGUCGUCUUGUCAAAACUUACGAUCAGUUUCGAGAAUCGGGCUGUGAGAAUUGCCCCUUCUUCAAGAUGGACGAAGACCAUGAGCGUGUUGUAGAAUGCACAACCCCUAAUUUUAAUGGGAUAAUUUCAGUCAUGGAUCCUGCCAGAAGUUGGGCUGCUAGAUGGCUGCGAAUUGGAAGAUUCGUUCCAGGUUGUUACACUCUUGCAGUCUCAGAGGCUCUCCCCGAGGAUUUGCAGAAUUUAUGUGAAGAGGAGCGCGUGCAGUAUGCACCACCAAAACGUGUUUAACCUUAUGUUAAUCUCUAGUUUAUUCUGAUUACAAAGAAUUCCACCUUGUUCACGUACUAGUAUUCUUAAUUGAACUAGCAUUUAGUGUGUGUUGUUCUUUGAUUGAAAUGAACAGAAGGUAUAGUUGCUAACACCUUACAUUCUACAUUUUUAUUUGCUUCCCCUUGCAUAUCUUUUUUGCCUAUCAUUAAAUACAUACUAACGGUUUGAAGAA